GAGGACAGACGCUCGCAAGUUCCGCACGACAAGGCUUCUUAAGCUGUUUGGCUGAAAACGCUAUGCGCACGUUAGUGGUGUUGACUUGGAUAUCCACGCUCUUCCCGUUCCUGCUGACCGCGGCCGGAGCCACGCGGCCGGCGGACUCCCGCACCACCUACAAGGUCUCUCGGUGGGAUGAGGCCUGGCGCCCGCAGCGGUUCGGCCGCAGCGCCCGGGGGGACACCGGCAAGGACGGCUGGCGGCCGAUCCGCUUCGGCAGGGGGCGGGAUGAGCAGGGCUGGCGGCCGCAGAGGUUCGGGCGGACGGAGGGGCUGCGAGAGGUGCUGGCCGGCGGCGGAGAGGCCGCCUUCCCGUUCAAUCUUCAGAUGACCAGAACCGACCUCCGCAACGACGACGACGACUUCUUCCCCGCCGCCAGCGGCUACACGCCAACAAGUCUGCGGGCGCUGGCAGACCUCCUCCGGCUGUACGACCACGGUUCCCUCGGUCAGAUCGCCAACGGGGCCGGUACAGACCACCGCGUGGUCCAUCCGCCACCUUCCCUCAGAAUGAUCCGGGCAGCUGCUGAGAGUGUUCAUCACCGGGGAUUCGCGAAGGAUGAGGUCGACCGCGCGGGGGACAGCUUCGCGCCUCCGCGCGGCACCGACGACUGGCUAGCCGAGAUCCAGAGGCUGGGACUUCGCGGCAGGAAGCGACGGGACCUCAGCUAGAGGCCGGCGGCAUCGGUGGGAGAGGGAGAUGGCGAGAGCGGGCAGGUAGGCACCGCUGAAUGACCAAACAACACCAGCGUACUUCGUGAACAGGACUCACAAACAUCGGGACGAAUCAGAACUAUUCCAUGUCGUCUAAUAAGUUGACUGUCAAAGGUUGCAUCCGUGAAUAAUUUCAUCAGGUUGGUGAUUGAAUUGAAUAAUUGAA